AUGACGGAUGUCUCGAUCUUAUUCGCAGACAUUGCUGGCUUCACAAAAAUGUCAUCAAAUAAAUCUGCUGAUGAACUCGUCAACCUGCUCAAUGAUCUCUUUGGACGAUUUGAUUUUCUAUGCAAAGCAGGAGGAUUAGAGAAAAUUAGCACAUUAGGGGACUGUUAUUAUUGCGUUGCCGGUUGUCCGGAACCUUGCGCCGAUCAUGCAAUUCGAACUGUUGAAAUGGGUUUGAAUAUGAUCGUUGCGAUUCGUCAAUUCGACAUCGACCGAGGUCAGGAGGUAAUGUGCGGUAUGGUUGGCACAAAACGCUUCAAGUUCGAUGUAUUCUCCAAUGACGUCACUUUGGCGAAUGAAAUGGAGUCCACCGGUAUCGCUGGCAGGUAACC